GUAUGGCUAGUCACUAAUCGGAAUUUGUACUAUCCACUUCACCAAGACUGGUAUCGAAAAAGACAACAAACCAUAGGAACAAAACCAGAUGUUUGUUUAUGGCAAACUGAGAUUACUAACUCAGAUAACUUAGUCGUCGAAGAUCAUCCGAAGUUUCAGGGAGUUUGCAUGAUUCAUUUAAAUGAGGUAGUUGAAAAGUAACUGUGUUAAGUUCAGUUAGAUGCAAACUAUCCAUGACGUUCUCUAAUAAAGAAGUGGCUUAUGGAGCUACAACCAGUUGCAAAAAUGUUGUUGAGACAGUCGGACGAAAAAACGAUCUUUCUUCUUUCAAAUCGCUGCUAGUCACAGGUCUGUGAUAUAUAAUACUGACCUCCCCCCUCCCUUUCAUUCAAAGUUGUUCCUCCAAGUUUUGAGCAUGGUCUUGCAUUCACACAUGUCCAAUAUACACAAACAGAUACGAUUCGUCAAACUGAUGGUCCAUUGGUACCAAUAGUAAGAUUGGUACCAAUAGGAAAGGAUGUCAUUCCAAUGGUUCUGUUGAUGAAUAUGCAUCUCAUUAAGGGGACUUAGAUUAUUUUCUCAUGUGGUCUAGCUGGGUACAGGGCAAUUCCAAUGGUCCAUUGGUACCAAUCCAUGCUAACCAUGAUUACCUUUUCGUGGGAUAAGGUCACCAAGAUAACCACUUAUAUGUACAGUAAUUCCCCUGAAUCUAAUAAAAGAGUACACCAGAUCGACCCAUGUCCCGUUAAGGUUAGGUCCAUUGGUACCAAUGGAAUGAUUGGUACCACUGGAAAAGAACCCUAUUCCAAUGGUUCUGUUGGUGAAUAUGCAUCUCAUUAAAAGGACUUAGAUUAUUUUCCCAUGUGACCUGGCUGUGUACAGGGCAAUUCCGAGGGUCCAUUGGUACUAAUGGUACGAUUGGUACCAAUGGAAAAUGAUGCCAUUCUAAUGGUUCUAUUGGUGCAAAACAAGUUCGCUUUUACACCAAGUAAAAGCGCGCUAUAAUUUUUUACGAAUAUUCCUUGUUCUAUAAGCUAAUCAUGCAGAACAAGUUCGCUUUUACACCAAGUAAAAAUGUGCUAAUAAUUAUUAUAAAUAUUCCUCGUUCUAUAAGCCAACCACCCAAAACAAGUUCGCUUUUACACCAAGUAAAAACGCGCUAAUAAUUAUUAUGAAUAUUCCUCGUUCUAUAAGCCAACCACACAAAACAAGUUCGCUGUUACACCAAUUAAAAACGCGCCAUAAUUCUUAUGAAUAUUCCUCGUUCUAUAAGCCAACCACGCAAAACAAGUUCGCUUUCACACAAAGUAGAAACACGCUAUAAUUCUUAUGAAUAUUCCUCGUUCUAUAAGCCAACCACGCAAAACAAGUUCGCUUUUACACCAAGUAAAAGCGCGCUAUAAUUCUUAUGAAUAUUCCUCGUUCUAUAAGCCAAUCACGCAAAACAAGUUCGCUUUUACACCAAGUAAAAACGUGCUAAUAAUGAUUAUAAAUAUUCCUCGUUCUCUAAGCCAACCACGCAAAACAAGUUCGCUUUUACACCACGCAAAACAAGUUGCCUUUUACACAAAGACCACAUGAGAAAAUAAUCUAACUCUCCUUAAUGAGAUGCAUAUUCACCAAUAGAACCAUUGGAAUAAGGUGCUUUUCUAUUGGUACCAAUCAUACCAUUGGUACCAAUGGACCAUUGAAAUUGCCCUGUACCCAGCCAGACCACAUCAGAAAAUAAUCUAAGUCCCCUUAAUAAAAAGGAACAUUUACCAAUAGAACCAUUAGAAUAGGGUGCUUUUCCAUUGGAACCAAUCUUCCCAUUGGUACCAAUGGACCAUUGGAAUUGCCCUGUACCCAGCUAGACCACAUCAGAAAAUAAUCUAAGUCCCCUUAAUGAGAUGCAUAUUCACCAACAGAACCACUGGAAUAGGGUGCUUUUCCAUUGGUACCAAUCGUACCAUUGGUACCAAUGGACCAUUGGAAUUGCCCUGUACCCAGCCAGACCACAUCAGAAAAUAAUCUAAGUCCCCUUAAUGAGAUGCAUAUUCAUCAAUAGAACCAUUGGAAUAGGUUGCUUUUCCAUUGGUACCAAUCAUACGAUGGUACCAAUGGACCAUUGGAAUUGCCCUGUACCCAGCCAGACCACAUCAGAAAAUAAUAUAAGUCCCCUUAAUGGCAUGCAUAUUCACCAAUAGAACCAUUGGAAUAGGGUGCUUUUCCAUUGGUACCAAUCGUACCAUUGGUACCAAUGGACCAUCGGAAUUGCCCUGUACCCAGCUAGACCACAGGAAAAAAUAAUCUAAGUCCCUUUAAUGAGAUGCAUAUUCACCAAUAGAACCAUUGGAAUAGGGUGCUUUUCUAUUGAUACCAAUCGUACCAUUGGUACCAAUGGACCAUUGGAAUUGCCCUCUACCCAGCCAGACCACAUCAGAAAAUAAUCUAAGUCUUCUUAAUGACAUGCAUAUUCACCAAUAGAACCACUAGAAUAGGGUGCUUUUCCAUUGGUACCAAUCGUACCAUUGGUACCAAUGAACCAUCGGAAUUGCCCUGUACCCAGCUAGACCACAUGAGAAAAUAAUCUAAGUCCCCUUAAUGAGAUGCAUAUUCACCAAUAGAACCAUGGGAAUAGGGUGCUUUUCCAUUGGUACCAACGGAGACCCUUCUUAUCACCACUAACACCAAUGGAGUCUAUUUGUGAGUAUUGGACAACCCUCAAAUUACGGUACAAUGUCUCAAGUACUUUUGCAGCUGGUUGUAACUGUCAGGCGAGGAGUUUGUUUUUCCAGUGGCUUUAACUUGGCUCCUAGCUUGUUUUUACCAGGAAUCAACUGGUAUGGGGUAUAUUAUAUGAUGUAGAUAAAAGUUUCAGAGAACGUGAUUUUUUUUCUCGCGUUUCCACAGUUGCUUGAAACCGUUGCUCUUACAAACUGAAUUGGGUCAUAAAUGUCAACAUUGCCUUUUGCUUUCCUGGAAAUUGCAUUAGUUUUACCUUCAGUGGACAUACACUUUAAUUUUAGUUCCUUGGCGCUGUUCUGAUAAAACAUAAGAAAGAAACUGCUUCGUUUUCUUCAUAGUAUUACAUUACAGUUCUUCAUUCCUGUAGUAGGAAAAAAAUCUAUGACCAGUUAUUUGACUUAUAGUCUGCAAAAGACUAGGAUUGGAACCAAGAGAGGACGAAGGACCUUUAUUCUCUCUUGGUUGGAACGUUCUCCUCGUCUUAAUAAGGUGUAGCCUUUUUGGGUGUUAAAUUGAAACCUUGAUGUACAGUGUACAAAAAACCUUCUGUGCUUUGUAAUCACAGGCUGCCAAGAGUUCCACACGCUCAAGAGGACAAGAAACAAGAAAAAUAAUUAUUGACGAAUUGAGCUCUUUACCCUGGGUUAAAUCAGAACCCUUUCGAUGCCAAGGAGGAAUGUCACUCAUAAGCUUUAGUAUACUGGUGCACGCCAUUAAUGUCUACUUGAAUGACAACUAUCCAGAAAGCCCCCAAAAGUUUAAUUUCCAGGCAGAACUGAAGGCUGCAAGCCACUGGCAUUGGUUGGAUGACGGAGAAUGGUGUCUUGAACUUGGUCCUCAUGAUGAUCGUCGCGUAAAAUUUGCUGCGAAACAGACAUUUGAUAAAUGGGCAGAAGAACUUACUAAAGAGAGGGAACAGCCGUCCCAAAAACCUAGAGCAGACAGCCGCUCUUCGGGUAGGGACGAAAGACUGUCAGGUAAACGAGCGGGGACAUGUUCUCCUCGGUCAUCUUCAGGAAUUUUGUAAACUCACGAAAUUUCUCUUUCCAAGGCAAUGCUGCUUUUUGCGUUCCAGCCUCUUCCAUCUUUAGGGCACCCGCUUCCAACCUCAUCUUGUCGAUAAAUUUAACGUUUAGUAAACAAUUUUUUCUGUUGCUGGUUGCCGUUCCUUGGAUUAAGCUGGUCAGAGACUUUGCCGCCUAAAAGUAUACAUCAGACGCUUUUCAGUGACACAAUGUUUAGUUGAAUAUGCUACGGUGCUCUUUUUGGCUAUGCUAUUUUUACUACUCCUAUACUAAUUUGUUACUAAUUUUCGAAAAUACUUUUUCUUGAUAAAUUUCUCUUUAAAACUUGACAUUAUCAAGAUUGUUAAUUUUUUUUACCCAGGUCAAUGUUUAUGGCCUUGAACUUUCAAGGUUACUGAAAACUUGUAAGGCAAUAAAAUAGCCUCCAAUUUGCUAUUUUUUGUUGCAAGUUAGUAUCUUGGGAUUUUUUUUUCUGCUUCCUCUUUUCAUUACAUUGUGACGACUUCAACCGGGGCCACCUAGGGACUUUCAGUCAAUCAAAAACCGCUCCUUUAACAAAGAAUUGGGCGUGCAGACUUCAACAAGAACUGUCCUAUUCUUCGAUUGGUUAGUUUCAAUCCUAAAUUUUUCGCCUUUUAGAAUGGCUCACUCCUAGCGUGAGCCAAUCAAAGACCAAGAAUCUUGUUUUCUUUUUUCCUCGUGAUCAAAUUUAAAUUUUUACUUGUUAACGUGCGUUGCCUUUUUGAAGGUGAAAGUCCGUAAGUCGAGAAAGUUGGAUGUCCCUGAUGCAUAUUUUCUUAAACUACACAAUUACGAUUUAUUUUUAUAAAUAAUUUCCCAGUUUUGCUUCCAUAUUUUCUUAAGACACCUUUUGAUGCACAGCGAGUGCAAAUAUCAUAAAUGCCCCACCCCUUUAAUGAUGCCAGCUUUUCCUAAGCCCACCCCUUUAUGCGUGCAUGAAGACAGUGACCCACCCCCAUCUUUUUUCAGCCGACCCCAACUUGUACUUUAGGAUAAGUCCCUAAGUGUAUACGACACACCGUUCUAAACCGCGAAAAAUUUAGGAUGGAAACUAUAACCAAUCCAGUUCCCGAUGAUCUGCACGCCCAAUUCUUUGUUUAAGGAGCGGUUUUUGAUUGGCUGAAAGUCCUUAGGUGGCCCCGGUUGAAGUCGUUACACUGUAAUAUUUGCCCUUUUUUCAGUUUUUUUUCAAUAAACUGAAGUGAUUAUGAAUUAAAUUGUUCAUUUUCUUUUUUCCUGAAGAUCUUGAGGAAGGAAUUUUUUCCUUGAUGACGUAUUAUGACUUUGAGAUGGAAAACGAAUCAGCAACUACGUCUCAGUCUACUGUAAAAGGUAAAACGUUGUGAGGACUUGAUGCCGCUAUAUUCGGCACUAUGCUAAGAAAAGUCUCGAUAAGCUUUAGUUACAUGUAACAUUAUUAAUAUUGUCCUUCAAGUUGGUCUCUUUCAUCAUCCUCAUGUUUUUUUCUUGCCACUUGCAAAUAUUAAUUUUCAGGUACCAACUGCACUCCUUCCCCGACCUCCACAUCUAGAAAAGGCUUUAUAAAUUGAGGAAAUGUAAACGUGGUAUAGUAAUUAAUUACAAGCCACGCGGCGAAAUAAAGCUCAAUAGGUGAGGCAAGUGCGGACUUCCCGGAAACCCCUUUUCUACUUUCCAUAGCCUUAAUUUUUGGUUUAACGUGUAGGUUCAACUUCCUCUAAAAUUACAGAAAAUGCCAUACGCCAAGAAGUUGAUCUCAAGAUUGGGAGAAACACAGAACAAAAGAGGUGA